UAAGGAGCUAGCUAGUCAAGUCCACUGAGAUAUAAUAAGAAGGUACAGUCUCCGGGACACCGUUAGCCAACUAGCUAGAUACCCAUUGUCUUUCUACAAACGUUGACAUACAUCCAAGUUAUAAGUUGCAAAAGUUACUUUUCUAACUAUUUGUGUCAUAUAAACGCAUACUGCAUCGCACACGCUUUACAAUGCAAGUUGCUAAAAGCCAAUCUUAUUCAUGCACCACAUUGAUAACCACAAAAUAACCCCGCCUCUUCAUGGAAAUAUAUUAGAUUUUACAUCUUUCGAUUGGUUGAAUUGAUUAUGAAUGACAUAGCAUCCUUUAAAUCGACUGUCAAGAUUACCUAGGUAGGCGUGAUUUACGAUUAUUACCCAAUGGAAUAGUCAUUAUUGUCCCCGAGAGCCAAUCGAAAUUUGACAUAAAGCCGUUUAAAAAAUGUUUCAGGAAGUAUCGGCAGCUAACAGGAAGUUAUAAACAAUCAACACAACAGUGAAACUAGCUGGCUACUACUACAACAAUUGACUGAAUCUGUGAAUGCAACGACGUAACUGAACAAAGAUUCAGGAAAUUGUUUCAUAUGAGAAGAGCACGUCGAAGAUAAGUUGAAAUGGCAACAGACCAUUGGCUAUUUUGAACAUCGGAUGCUGUGUUAUUGUGGUCACUCGUUACUUUAACGAACGUAGCUAACGAUAGCUAUCUUGCGGCUCUGUGUUGACAAGUAGUUAACGUAGCUAGCUUGCUAUCAACAAGAGUCGGUAGCUAUCUAGUUAGCUAAUUAUUGACACCUCCAAUAUAGACGUGGAAACGUUAACGGUAGCUAUAUGACAACGUUACGCCAUCUGAUUUGUGGCGUAUGUUUUAUAACCAACCUGCUGCUAGCGACGUCCAGCUAGUUGUUGCUAGCUAAGUUAUCCACUAAGUUAUCCAGUAACAAUAGUGUUUAGCUAGCUAACUUAGGUAACAGUUAGCGAUACAUUUUUAUUUUUGGUAACGUUCGCUUCAGAGGAGCUACCAUUGCUACAUUGAUCGAUCUGUUUUGACACAUUUCCUCUGGACACUGGGAUUCUGGGGCUAGCAGAACAGUAUUUGAAGAGCAUGUCUACCUCCAACUUCAAAAACAAAUGUGUCACUCAAGUGAAUUGUAUAUACUGUGAGAGUCUACUCUGCACAAGAGGAAUGAAGGCAGUACUUCUUGCAGACACCGAAAUUGAGCUGUUUUCUACGGACAUACCUCCCAACAGGACUGUUGACUUUGUGGCCAGCUGCUACUCUACAGAAAGCUGCAGAUGCAAACUGAGAGAUAUCGCCUGCCUGAAAUGUGGUAAUGUUGUGGGGUAUCACGUGGUCGCUCCCUGUAAGCCCUGCUUGCUGUCCUGUAACAAUGGCCAUUUCUGGAUGUUUAACAGUGAUGCUGUGUCCACCCUCAACCGACUGGAUGUUACAGGUUUAAACUUGUUGCUGUGGGGAGACCUUCCCGAGCUAGAGGACAGCGAGAACGAGGAAUCAGAAAGCCCAUCAGAGGAGGAGUGUAUCAGGUAGAGAGGGAUGAGAGAUGGAGGAGCGAGAUGUUACCCUGUGACCUACCAGAACCCCCAGGAACAGACAGAGAAGAAGCAGUGAGCGGAAGAGGAGAGGGGGGGCUUACCCUGUGACCACAUCCCCCUUCCCAACAUCUGCCCGUUAGAAACACACUCUCCUCUCAUGGUCCAAUCUUUCUCCCUUUCACUCUCUCUCUCUCUCUCCCUCUUUGGGUGAAACCAAUGGUAGAACUGCCCUCUCUCCUCAAACUCACAACUGAACCCCCACUCAAACAAACUCAUCUUUCUGAUUCACCGACGGACUGCCGGAUGGAUGGAUGGAUGGUCUUACCAUUUCACAUGGCUAUUUUAUACCCUUUGGGUUGCCUAUUGCCAUUGGACACUGGAUUAAACAUUGUAUGCUGUGUUUUAGAUGUUUGUCAGUCCUGUGUUGCUCCUUGAACAAUCACGAUGAUGUUGUGUUUAAGUUUCAGAAUCUGACAUUGUUUACAUUGAGUAUUUGCCAGUUUAUCUUGUCACUCUCUCACGAGGAGGGCCAGUGUGAUCAACAGAUGGUACUAGAACAUACAGUAUAGAUACGAGUUUGGUUCUAGGGCGACUCUGGUGGGACUAAAGAUGCUCUAGGAAAAUAGAUUAGGCCUAAUUACGCGCAUGUCAUCUGAACUUGGCGAAGGAGCCGGGCAGAAAAUACAUGAUCGUGAAAAGGAAAGCUGAUGUCCACUCACUACAUUGUUGACAUAGUAACAAUAUUGCAGCAAAAACAGUGAGAAAGUUGCAAUCCAAACCCUGUAUGAUUGAAAACUUGAACGGUUGUGUGCUUGUCAGAGCACUGUAUGAGUAUACUGUAUAAUUGAGUAUGGAUCACUUACAUAAAGGAGUGCCUGUGUAGAGCAGAACUUUCUAUUGCUGCUGAAGCUUUUGCUUCAGCCGACCUUCUCAACUUGUAUUCUAAUGGCCUUGGAUCUGAUUUUUAUUCUGUGGAGAGCUGUGGGCUGACUGUCAUUGCAGGAGGUCAUGCUCACCCUCUCACUGGAACUAAAAUGUGUUCGCUAGCAUUGUUUUGAUGCAUCGGUGCCCAGCAAGUACUGUCGCAAUGAGUGACAUAUCUUACAUUAGCGUUAAUAUACCUCCCAGUUCAAGCAGACAAGCUAUGCCUGUGUUAAAAAGAUAUGUUGAAGCUUACAUGGGAUAUUAUUUUAGGGGUCAUAACGAGCAUUACAAAAGGUAUACCUACACACCAAAUACCUGAAAUGGCAGUCACCAAGGCCCAGCGCAGUCAAAAAUGUGAUUUUUAUGUUUCUACACUGAGGAUGGAAUAAUACUGUGAAAUUGUGAAUAUGAUGAUAAUGCCUUUUUAGAGUAAAAGCUGUUUGAAAAGACCACCUGAAAUUGCAGCCUGUUUUGGUGGGAUGGAGUUUUGACGUGCCUGGUAUCACCACCGGGCAGUAAAUUGGUUAAUGGACCAAUAAGAAAGAGUUCCAAACCUCUCGGCCAAUAACAACUAGUUUUCCGUUUCCCCUCCCCACUCAGACCACAAAAUUCUUGCUUGAGAAAUUGCUCUUUGCUAAGAAGCUAUUUUAGUUUUGAAUUAAACAUUGUCAAAAAUAAACUAUCACAUCAAGGUACUUGAUUGUUACCCAGAAGUGAGUUCAUAUUGAGGUGAAAGCAGUUGCAUUGGACCUCAUUUUAAAUGAUGUUCUAAGCUCUGGUUUAGUGGAUCACGUCUUGUGACGUGAUUAACAAAAUGAUUAGCCAUUUAUCUAAAUCCCACAGACAAUCUCUUUCCACUUAAAUGUUCCUUUUGUUUAAUUUCCAUUCACAAAAGCAAUGUUUUGUAGUGUACUGUUAGUUUUUAUUUUUCUCUUGUUUAUUUCACAUUUCACUUGCAUUUGAGUGUUACGUUUGGAGGCUGGUUUUUGUUUUGAGGUUUUACCUUAGUGACGGUAUCACCUAAGAGCUUCCUAUAGCAUAGGACAAUAGGGAGAUAAUCAAUGACCAUCAAAACCGUGACCAAUUAAAAAAAAUAUUAAAAAAAAAAAAAAUCUCCCUUGAAUAUGAUUAACUUAAGGAGCGUGCUUUUUAUUUAUUCAUUUUAAUGUAUGUAUUUAUUAACAGGCAUUUGCUGUGUUUAUACUGAUGUGACUUGCCCUGCUGAAAAAAUAUGUAUAUUCUGAAACUGCACUGAAACUGCAUUGGUAGUUUGAAACGUUUGUUAUGUUUAAGGCUUCUUGUAUUGAUAAUACACCUUUU